CUUAAGCGAAUCUGUGAGACGGAUCUUGGUUUAAUAUCACAAUGCUGUCUUACAAAAUAUGUGUUCAAGAUUAGUAAACAGUAUCUUGCUAAUGUUUCAUUGAAGAUCAAUGUCAAGAUGGGUGGUAGAAACACUGUUCUUCUAGAUGCUAUCAGCUGCAGGAUACCGCUCGUAAGCGACAUACCGACUAUAAUAUUUGGAGCAGACGUGACUCAUCCAGAGAACGGCGAAGAUUCGAGCCCUUCGAUAGCUGCUGUUGUAGCAUCUCAGGAUUGGCCUGAAGUGACAAAGUAUGCUGGACUAGUAUGUGCUCAGGCUCAUAGACAAGAACUUAUACAAGACUUGUACAAAACUUGGCAGGAUCCUGUCCGUGGCACCGUCAGCGGGGGCAUGAUCAG